AUGGCGAUUUUUUCAUCAUUAGCGUCAUUUUUCAGACGUCAUAAGAGAAAGUUAAUUAUUACCACCACCUUAACUGUUAGUGCUUAUUUUGUUAUUAAUCAUUUUAUAUUUAAGAAAUUAAGAGAUUUCCAAAAAUCAUUAAAGCAAGAAUUAUUUAUAAAAGAACAAAUCAAGAGAAGGUUUAUCCAAACACAAAAUGAUUGUCAUUCAACCGUGCUUUCCUUAUUACCAGUGUUAACCCAACCAAUCACUGAUUAUCUACCAAUUGAAAGCAUAACUAAUGCAUUAAAAUUAAGAAAAUCUAAUUCAAAUAAUAAUCAAGAAAUGAGUGAUUCAUUAUUGACUGCUAAUAAUUUGUUACUUCAUUCAAAUGAAAAUAUGAAUAAUGAAACAAGCUAUAUCAAUAAAUCCAAGGUUGAAUUAUGGAAUGAUUUGAAAAUCAAAACAUUGACUCGUACUUUAACUUUAAUUCAUUCGAUUAGUGGACUUUUAUUAUUAACUAGAUUGCAAUUGAAUAUUUUAGCAAGAAGAUCUUAUUUAGAACUGGCUAUAGUAAUGGCAGGAGGCAAAGUUGAAGCAAGUAAUGAUCAGUAUAAUGAUUAUCUCAUAGAACAAGCAUAUUUAUCAUUAAGUUGGUGGUUAUUAAAUAAUGGAUGGAUUAAAUUAAGCGAUAAUAUCGAAAGUUUAAUCAUUAAAAAAUUUGAAAAUUUAAAUGCAAAAUCUCAAUUAUCAAUCUCACAAUUUGAAUUAAUUUUGAAUGAAAUUAAUCAGGAAGUAUUGAAUUCAAAUAUCUUGGGAUUAUUAUUUCCUUUAAAUUAUGAUCAUUUAAUUGAAACUUUAUUAAAUACAAAUCCUCAACUCGUUAAUGAAUUAGAUGACUCAAAUUCAAAUUUAUUAAAACUUAUUAAUGAAACUAACCUAUUAAUUUCAAAUGAUUUCUUCCAGGAAAUUUAUUCAAAAUUAAUAUCUUCUUCAACAAAUACUUUAAUUUCAAACUUAUUCUUCAACUUAGAUCAUGAUUCGUUUGUCUUACAUCAACAAAAUCAAGUAACCAACGAUAAGAAGUUUAAAUUAGCUAAUUUUUUGGCUCAAUUAUCAAUUCAAUGUGGAAUCAUUUGUGAUAAUAAUCAUUUUGCCCAAUAUGACCACCACGAAUUGACCGGGAAUAUCUACAUCAAUACCUUGAACGACUUAGACGACUUGGAAGAGUUCAGUGCUAGUAUCUACUCCAACUUUGAAUAA